AAAUUAUCUAGAGCUAAAGUUUUAUUUGUUAGAAAUGGAGUCAUAAAUAUUAGGAUGACUUCAAUAAUUCGAUUUACUCCUCUGUCUGGUGCACAAGAUGAAGGACCAUUGUGUUAUCUUUUGCAAGUCGAUGAAUUUAAAUUUUUGCUUGAUUGUGGUUGGGAUGAAAACUUAAGCCAAGAUGUUAUUGAAAAUAUUAAAAGACAUGCACAUUCCAUAGAUGCAGUUCUUCUGUCUCAUCCAGAUAUAUACCAUCUUGGUGCUCUUCCAUAUCUUAUUGGAAAAUGUAAUUUAAAUUGUCCAGUUUAUGCAACAAUUCCAGUAUACAAAAUGGGACAAAUGUUUCUUUAUGACUUUUACCAGUCUCACGUGAACAAUCAAGAUUUUGCACAUUAUACAUUGGAUGAAGUUGACGCUGCAUUCGAUAAGAUUAUUCAACUAAAGUAUUCCCAACAUGUUAGUUUAAAAGGCCGUGGUCAUGGUUUAAGUAUUACUCCAUAUGCUGCUGGUCACAUGAUUGGUGGUACUAUGUGGAAAAUAAUGAAGGAGGGUGAGGAAGAUAUAAUCUAUGCUGUAGAUUAUAAUCAUAAAAAAGAAAUUCAUCUCAAUGGGGCUGUACUUGAAACUUUAAGCAGACCUGCACUUCUUAUAACUGAUUCAUAUGCGGCACUAUGUAAUCAGGAACGAAGGAAGGAAAGAGAUAUUCAGUUAAUGAAUUCUAUUUUAUCAGCAUUGCGGCAAGAUGGAAAUGUUCUUCUUGCUGUUGAUACUGCUGGUCGUAUACUAGAGCUUAUGCAACUUUUGGAUCAAAUGUGGAGCGCUAAAGAAUCUGGUUUGUCAGUUUAUUCGUUGGCUCUUCUUAACAACGUCAGUUAUAAUGUUGUUGAAUUUGCCAAAAGUCAAGUGGAGUGGAUGAGCGAUAGGAUGAUGAAAAGUUUUGAAGUUGAUCGUAGAAAUCCUUUUGCUUUCAAGCAUAUAACUUUAUGUCAUUUCCUUAAAGAGUUAGACCAAUUACCUUCUCCUAAGGUUGUGUUAGCAAGUGCUGCUGACAUGAACUGUGGUUUUUCAAAAGAUCUUUUUGUACAAUGGGCCUCGAAUCCAAAGAAUAGUGUAAUAUUUACAUUUAAAACCUCUCCUGGAAGCUUGGCACGAACUUUAAUCGAUAAUCCAAAAAUCGAAUCCGUAGAACUAGAGGUGUUCAAACGCGUGAGAUUGGAAGGGGUUGAGCUGUCACAGUAUUUAGAAGUUGAAAAAGAAAAAGCUCGUCAAGCUAAACUUCAACGCAAACUAACUGAGGUUGAUGUGAGGCAAGAAAAUGUGUUCAAAGAUGAAAGUGAAAGUGAAGAAGAAAUGGAGGAGGAAAAUUUGAAUAAGUCAAAGUAUGAUCUGAUGAUAACCAAUGAAAAGCUACGGCAUAAAAGCAGUUUUUUUAAACAAGCCAAAAUCUAUCCAAUGUUUCCAUUUAAAGAAGAGAGGCUUAAGUGGGAUGAUUAUGGUGAAAUUAUUAGACCUGAAGAUUAUGUUAUCAUUGAAAAUAAUUUAAUGGAGGAAGAAGGACCAAAGAUAACCAUUGAAGAUAUGAAAGAAGAUUUAGAGGCAUUAGAAAUUAAAGAACCUCCUACAAAAAGUGUUAGUGAAAUGGUCAAAGUUGAUGUUAGAUGUAAGAUUUCUUACAUUGAUUUUGAGGGGCGUUCAGAUGGUGAAUCAGUGAGGCGAAUUUUAUCAAUUGUAAAACCGAGACAGUUGAUUUUGAUUCAUGGUAGUCCUGCUGCAACAGAAGCGUUGUCACGUUACUGCCAAACUAGCACUCAAUUUAAUGUUUCAAAGGUUUAUACUCCAUAUACUAAUGAGAUGGUAGAUGCAACUAGAGAAAGUCAUAUUUAUCAGGUUAAAUUAAAAGAUUCACUUGUCAGUUCACUUAAGUUUGCAGUUGCCCGAGACACUGAACUUGCAUGGGUUGAUGGACAAUUAGUUAUGGAAGCUCGUGGUGAAAAGUUUAAUCAAAUAGAGCAAGAAAAUAGUGAAAAAGUUGAAAAACAAGACGUUGUUCCGGUGCUUGAACAACUGCCACCUGAAAUGAUUCCAGGGCACGCUACUGUAUUUAUUGACGAACCUCGUCUAAGUGACUUCAAGCAAGUUUUAACAAAAGCUGGAAUUCAGGCUGAGUUUACUGGAGGCGUUUUAGUAUGUAACAAUGUGGUUGCAGUUAGAAGGGGAGAACAGGGGAAAAUAUCUAUUGAAGGUGGUUUAUGUGAAGAAUACUAUGUUAUUCGACAAUUACUUUACGAUCAGUACGCUAUUGUUUAAGAUGAAAAAGAAUAUUUAUUUAGAUAUUUUUUGAAACGAAGAACAAUUUUUAUGAAGCGUGAAAGACUUAGCUGUUUAGAAAUAGACAAAAGGUUAAACUGGAGAUCUAAUAUUUAUAGUCGAUUAAAUUCAUACUUUUAACACGUUAUCGAGUAACGCAAUACGAGUUGAUUAUAUAUAAAGAAAACUGAAAAGUCACUUUUUGAAAACGAAACUUAUUAAUUAACCAAUCAUGGUAUUUGAUUUUUUUUUUUUUUUUUUUUUUUUUGAAAUUGUCUACUCCGUUUUUAGGAGCGGUGAAGUUAUGGCAUCUUACACAAAUAACAUUACAAUUUUAGGCUUUCUUUUUCUCAAGUUGUUUAAAAUCCAAUGUUUAUAAAUUCAAAACUAUUUGAUUUAAAUAUGACGUCACUGUUACAGCAUUUAAACGAAAAUUUAAUUACAGAUUACUGGAACAUAGAGGUUAAUUUUAACUGGAUAACUGGAAGUUUUUGUAUGUUAUUACUUAAAACAUAUUUAAAUUUUAGUUAUAUUUAUUAUCA